UCAUCAACAACCUCCCAGCGAUUACUUUUUUUUCCACAUCCCCCCCAUCCAAAACCAACAUGAGCCCUCCACCAACCUCUCCAACAAUCACAGAACCCCUGCCCGACACUCUGCUCCCACCCAACCCUGCGCCCCAUCCAGACGAAACACUCGCCCCCGAGAAACCAUCCAUGAUCAACUUGGCGACGCCUGCCCCUCUUCCCCGGCCGUCCACGCUCACAAUCCCCAACGCGCCGGCCCAGAACCCGCCAGCAAAAGGUGUCCCUGCAUGCACUCCUGCUGCCAACGCUACACCGUCAGCAGGAAGAAGAGACGGGGACGCUGAAAGUGGGGGUGUAAAAGGUAUUGAUCUGUCAGAGUUUGACCCGUAUGCGACGACGCCUGGACCGUCGAUUGCUGCGAAUGGCAAGAAACGCGAUGGCACUGUCGAGGACGAGCCGGAGCCUUUAGAAAGUUUACAAGAGAAACAGGAUGCAAAUGCGAAUGUGAGGAUAGAACAAGGUGUGGAUAUGGCCCCGACUGGUAGUUCUCAAGACGCAGCAGCACGUCAACCGAGUGAAAGGGAACAAGCAAGCAACAGGCCUGCGACACCUGGCACGUCGACAGAGGGAGAUCAAGAGGCCAGUGAUAAAGACAAGGAACCGGUGUUCAAUUUCCAAGGAUUCUUAAAGGAUCUCAAGCUGAAGAGUGCCGAGCCUGUCGCGAGGUACCUCAAGAGUUUUCUAUCAAACUUUGUGAAGAAGCCAUUCACCGUGAAUGAGCAGAUCAAGUUGAUCCAUGAUUUCCUUGCUUUCAUCUCGGAGAAGAUGGUGCAGGUCGAACCUUGGAAAUCUCAAUCGUCUGCCGAAUUCGACAAUGCGCUCGAAGCAAUGGAGAAGCUGGUCAUGAACAGGCUCUAUAAUUAUACAUUUACCCCCGAGCUUGUCCCUUCACAACCCAUAACGACAGACGACCUUGAGCGUGAUCGAGUGUUUUCCCAGCGGGUAAGGCUGUUUGGUUGGAUAAGGGAGAAACAUUUGGAUGUUCCCGAAGGAGAGGCAGCGCAGGGUUUCUUGGGAUUCGCAGAGCAAGAGUUGUUAAAGAUUAACCAUUACAAGGCGCCGCGAGAUAAGAUGAUUUGUAUUUUAAACUGCUGUAAAGUCAUCUUUGGCCUGAUACGGAAUGUGUAUGGUGCGGAGACAGGCGGUGCAGAUGCCUUUGUCCCCAUUCUCAUCUUUGUCGUUCUCCGUGCCAACCCUGAAAACCUCAUCUCCAACCUCGAAUACAUCCAGCGUUUCCGCAGCCAUUCAAAAUUGCAAGGCGAAGCGGCCUACUACCUCUCUUCCAUAAGCGGCGCCAUCCAAUUCAUCGAGACCAUGGACGCUUCCUCGCUUUCCAACAUCACCCAACCGGAAUUCGAGUCCAAUGUGGAGAACGCUAUUCAAAACCUACCGCCUAGCCCGUCAAGUGAGAAGAAGGGAGGCACGCUGCAGCCUUUGCAUAGCAGUUUUAGGACGCCGGGGAAGGACCAAGGUCGGGAGCGGGAACGGGAUAGCAAGCUCAUUUCACCGUUCUCAGCUGCUACACCGGGGGAAGAAGCGGCCCGUCCGCUCAGCAUGGCUUCUGCGCAAGCUAGUCUUGAAGGGACCCGCAAAUGGUUUGCACGUACGGGCAACUUGGCACAGGAAGCGGUUAGCAAACCGUUAAACGCUAUCGGCAAGAUUUUGGAAGGUAUGAGUCCUGCGGAUACAAGGCAAGGGAGCGAGGAUGGAAGUGAUGAUGAAGGGAGCGCCCAGGGGGGGAGGGUGCCGACAACGACAACGACCGCGGAAACGUCUGUGAGAGGAGGAGGACCGGGAGGUGUUUUCCCGAGAGAUGUGUUUGGUUCCAGGAGGUUCAGGGCGGUGACGCCAGAGAGUCCAUCACGCCGACCGGCGUUUGGCGAUGAGGGUAUUUCAAGAACAGGAACACCAUCUUCAGAUAUCCUUCCAGACUUUUCCGCUCUUCAGAUACAGUCAACGAUCGACGCUUCGCAAGAGACUUUUGCGCAAACACGCCACGCCAACGUGCAAACGUUGCACCAAAUGUUCCCUGCGUUGGAUGAAGAGAUUGUGGAGGCGGUGUUGGAAGGGUGUAAUGAUGAUUUGGGAUUGGCGAUUGACCGAUUACUGGAAAUGUAGUCUAGAUUUUUUUUUUCUGGACGAUGAUGAUGAUGAUGAUUUAGAACGAUAAGAACAGGUACACACGGUGUACCACUGUG